UCUGCGGCCAAGGCGGAAGUACGUGUCAGCGGCCAGCUUUCCCCUGUCUGUCAUGGAGAGCCCAGCUGUUACUUUCACCUUAGCUUACGUGGUGUUCGCGGUGUGCUUCGUGUUUACCCCCAAUGAGUUCCACUCGGCCGGGAUCACCGUGCAGAACCUGCUGUCCGGCUGGCUGGGCAGUGAGGACCUGUCCUUCAUACACUACCACAUCAGGAGGACCACUGCCACCGUGCUGGUGCAUUCCCUGCUGCCACUGGGUUACUAUGUAGGAAUGUGUUUUGCGGCCCCGGAAAAUAAUCUGUAUUACGUCUACACGGCCAGCGAAGGCUGGAAAGCGUUUGCGUUGAUGGCGGUUGCCCUUCCCACCUUGAUGAGCCUCCUCGCCCUGUACUGGUCACAGAAGAGAUGGAGCAAUCACCCUCUAGCGAGGACCCUGGCACAUCACGCCCUUCCCCGCUCAGGCUGGAGAGUCGUGGCCUCUUCCAUUAACACAGAAUUCCGGAGGAUCGAUAAGUUCGCCACAGGGGUGCCCGGAGCGCGGGUGAUUGUGACGGACACCUGGGUGAUGAAAGUGACCACUUACAGGGUGUAUGUGGCCCAGCAACAAGAUAUUCAUCUUACUGUGACAGAGUCCAGGCAGCAUGAACUCACCCCAGACUCCAACACCCCCAUCCAGUUCAUCACAAUACGGGUGGCCAGCAUCAACCCCAACGUUCGGCCCUUUGAUAUCAGAUUAAACUCUACAGAAUAUGGUGAGCUGAAGGAGAAGCUCCACGCCCCCAUCCGAAAUGCGGCCAAUGUUGUCAUCCAUCAAACACUGAGCGACUUGUUCCUGGAGACCUUCAGAUCUCUCGUAGAAGCCAAUAGUUUCUAUCAGCUGCCCAGCAGUCAGGAGUUGGAGCCCUGUAUUGGCUGCAUGCAGACCAGCGCCAACAUCAAGCUUGUCAAGAAUUGCCACGAGCCCAAUGACGGAGAGUGCCAGCAGUGUUACUGUCGACCCAUGUGGUGCCUUACCUGCAUGGGCAAGUGGUUUGCCAGUCGGCAGGAUCAGCAGCAUCCGGAGACCUGGCUGUCCAGCCAAGUGCCUUGUCCUACGUGCCGGGCCAAGUUCUGUAUUGUGGAUGUGUGCAUUGUACGGUGAAUCUACUGGCCAUUCUAGAUUUAGACUUAAGACUUUUUCUAUAGCCUAAAGUGUUUUACUAUUUUCCUAAACCUGGGAAAGGUGGGUCCU